CGCGGAGGGGAGGAAGCAGGCAGCGCUGGCCAUGGCCUCCAACUUUAACGAUAUAGUCAAACAGGGCUACGUGAAAAUCCGCAGCAGGAAGCUGGGGACUUCCUUUCAAAAUUCAUACCCCAUGAUGCAAAGUUUAGUUUCACCUGUAGAUACAUGUUUUCAUGGGAGUCACAUAAUGGGCAAUAUUUUCAGGCGUUGUUGGUUGGUUUUCAAGAAGGCUUCCAGUAAAGGGCCCAGGAGAUUAGAAAAAUUUCCGGAUGAGAAGGCAGCAUAUUUCAGGAACUUUCACAAGGUAACUGAGCUGCACAAUAUCAAAAACAUAACCAGACUGCCUCGGGAGACAAAGAAGCAUGCAGUGGCAAUUAUCUUUCAUGAUGAGACAUCAAAGACAUUUGCGUGUGAGUCAGAACUAGAGGCAGAGGAGUGGUGCAAACAUCUUUGCAUGGAGUGUCUAGGAGCCAGGCUCAAUGAUAUAAGUCUUGGGGAACCAGAUUUGCUUGCUGCUGGAGUUCAGAGAGAACAAAAUGAACGAUUCAAUGUAUAUCUUAUGCCUACACCAAAUUUAGAUAUCUAUGGGGAAUGUACAAUGCAGAUCACACAUGAAAACAUAUAUCUCUGGGACAUCCACAACGCCAAGGUCAAGCUGGUCAUGUGGCCUCUGAGCUCUUUGAGGAGAUAUGGACGUGACUCAACGUGGUUUACAUUUGAGUCUGGAAGGAUGUGUGACACAGGAGAAGGGCUGUUCACGUUUCAAACACGGGAAGGAGAAAUGAUAUAUCAGAAAGUCCAUUCUGCAACACUGGCAAUAGCAGAACAACAUGAAAGAUUAAUGAUGGAAAUGGAGCAGAAGGCAAGGCUCCAGACCAGUCUGUCUGAACCAAUGACUUUAUCCAAGUCGAUCUCACUUCCUCGUAGUGCAUAUUGGCACCACAUCACCCGGCAGAACAGCGUUGGAGAAAUCUACAGUUUACAAGGUCACAGCCUCAGCUCAGCAAAGGUGUCCCGGGCGCAGACAUUUCCCAGCUACCCCUCGGAGCAGGACGAGGAGCACCAGCAGUCCCUCUCGUUGGCCAGCAGCUAUGCCUUCAGCUACGGCUCGGGGCUGGUGCAAUGACAGCCGGGGGCGUCCGGCUGAGACAGACAGUUAAGCCUGGAGCCUGCCUCCAGGGCCAGGGAGCCACUGGCCCCCUCCACACCCACCAUUUGCCGUGAAAACUGAUGCCUACCAGCUCCAGCCGGGUCACCGCCAAUGCAGAAACCUGGAGAGGCGGCUUCCCUGAAGCAGAGGCUAAGUCUUUAUUUAUUUAUUUUGCCAUUCCU